GAGAAACGAAACUCCUCCUCCUACUACCCCUCCUCAAUCUCAUUCUCAUUCUCAUUCUUAUCUUCUUCACACCACUAAGCCUCCCCUCACUCUCUCUCUGUCUCUCUCCCCUUUCUUCUCUAUCUCUACCUUUUAAUUUUUGACAUAUCCAAUGUGCCGUCUACUGCUAUACAAGGGCAAACAACCUAUUUUGCUUGCUCAUCUCUUGACUAAUCCCGCUCAUUCCAUCAUCAAUCAAUCAUUCGACUCAAAACUAAGACUUGAUCAUCGAAGACCACUCAAUGGCGAUGGAUUUGGUGUCGGUUGGUAUGAUAGUGAACCAGAAAAAGAUACCCGUAUUACACCCUGCAUCUUUACCUCUGUAACUCCAGCAUGGAAUAAUACCAACCUUGUAAGAUUGGCUGAGAAAGUCAAGAGUCCGCUUGUAUUCGCUCAUGUAAGAGCAAGUACUUCUGGUGCAGUAACAGAAGUCAAUUGUCAUCCCUGGAACUAUGGUCGUAUCAUGUGGAUGCACAAUGGAGGCAUUGCUCAGUUUGAUAAAAUUAAGCGCAAGCUGCAGAAUUCUCUUCCAGAAGAGCUUUUCCUGUUUGUUCAAGGAAAUACUGAUUCAGAAUGGGCCUUUGCCCUCUUUUUGAGCUUUCUUUCAAAUCCAAAUGCCGAACGAUUUGAACACCAGGAAUUAAAGGAAGCAAUGGUAAAGACAAUCGCACAACUUAAUACCUGGACUGAAGAGGAAGGAAUCAAAGAGCCAUCUCUGUUGAACUUUGCUGUCACAGAUGGUGCAUCUGUUGUAUGUGUGAGAUACAUUAGCAGCAAGACAGAAGAAGCGGCUUCUCUUUACUUCUCUUCAGGCACUCGUUUUGAAUGCUAUCAGCCAGGUUAUUACCGUAUGAUCAAGGCAGACAGAAGAGAGGAUAUGGUAGUAGUUGCCAGUGAACCAUUGACAUUUGAAAAGGCUGAUUGGCUUACUAUUCCAACCAAUACUGUGCUGGUGAUCACACCAAAACUCAAUGUACUUCUUCAGCCUAUCAAAGAUCAGUACUAUACAGGUGACAGAGGACUCGAAGUUAAGGUUGGAGAAACAGAAGUAGCGAGGAUACCAGAGCCCAAAGCCCAAUUAUUCAAGGCACAGGUAGAGGAACAAAUGCGACAUGAUAGACCAAUGUCAGUCAUAUAAACCACGACCAAAAGAAAGAAAUAACAACGAGAACAACAAACCAAAAAGUCAAAUGGUUUAAAGAGCAAAUCUGCGUUCCAACAAAACAUGCAUCUAAAAAUGAAAUUCUCACAAAUCACUGCCAUAACUUACAACCACUCUACCACUCUACCUUUCUCCCUUUAUUCUUUUCACCCCCUUCCUCCCACCCCCCUUUAUAUAUGUACACAUACAUACACAUAUAUAUACAUAUACAUAUAUAUAUCCUUUCUCCUUUUCCUCUUCCUCUUCUUCCUCUUCCUCUUCCUUAUUCCUUGUUUUGUUCAUUAUCAUUCUAUCUGUUUCAUUUUUCAUUGUAUUAUUUAUACUUCCAAAUACAUAAUAUAAUUAAUAUUCUAUAUAUACAU